CCCCAUAUUGCAAGUCUAACAGUGGAGUAUAUCAAAAAUGACAAAAGAAUAAUAAAUAAAGAGGCACCAGAACUUGGCCUGACAAAAUUGCAUACCUCUAAAAGCAAAACCCUGUAAUACUUAUUCCAAAACUUUGACCAUAUAUAGCAAAAAUUCUUACUUCAGAAACGUUAUUUACUCAUCAAGCCAGUUACUUCUUUUGCAAUUCACUUCUUUAUUCUCCUAGCUUACUUUUCCAGAUAACCUGGUAGCUAAAGGCUAUGCUAGUGCAUAAAUGGAGAUUUAGGCAGGAUAACUUGACAGAUUUUCACCCCUGAAUUUUGCUGCCAUCAAAGUUAAACGACAAAUAGUCGAUGUAAGGCAUUUUGGUGCAGUAAAGAUCACUGCAUAUAAAGUGCAGUUAAAUACCUCUUCUUCCUAAAUGAAAUCUUACAGUGAAAUAAAGUGCAUGUGGGGCACAGAAUAGGAGACAAAUUAAAGCUUGUAUAGCUUACUAUUUUCAGUCUAUAAGAUAGGUAUAGGUUAACACCUAUGCCGCAUGAAGAAAUGAGCAAAAAGGGAUUAACCACAUGAAGAAAACUAGAAUUAACUUUUAACUAAACAAGAUUAGAUACCUGGCAUUUGAGCAUGGUAAGCAUCAGUAAUAUCAAAUUUUCAGCCUAAAAAAGGUGGGUAAUAUAAGGGGACACACACACACACACAGAAAAAGCAAAUUACUUUCUGCAAUGUCUGUGAACCCACAUAGACAUAGGUUAGUAUAUAUUUUCAUAUAUGAUAACCACCAGAUGCUGGGAUAAAACUUAAAAAGAUUAGUCAGAAAGCUUCAGCCGAAAGAUGUAGUGGUUACUUUCCUAUCAGAUGCCAAUAAAGCAAGCCAAAUAGCAUAAAAGACCCUGUUACCAAGGUUUCGACAUAUGAAAAUCUACAAGAAAUACUAUGAUAACCCUACGUGAUGUCUACAAUGUUGUGGCAGCUACCAUACCUUUAUAUGUUGUCAUGAUCAUAGCCUACAUCUCUGUAAGGUGGUGGAAACUCUUUUCACCAGAGCAAUGCUCUGGAAUCAACAAGUUUGUGGCAAAAUUUUCAAUACCUUUAUUGUCCUUUCAAGUGAUAUCAGGAAGCAACCUCUACAAAGUAAACCUGAAGCUUCUAGUAGCAGAUUUCAUUCAAAAAAUUCUUGCUGUCUUUCUACUGGCAGUUUUCGCCAAACUGAAGCCUAAAGGAAGCCUGACUUGGAUCAUAACAGGUCUUUCAGUUUCCACCCUUCCAAACACCUUAAUCUUGGGGAUCCCGCUAAUAAAGGCCAUUUUUGGUGAUGCGGCAGCAGAACUACUAGCGCAGCUAAUUGCACUUCAGAGUUUAGUUUGGUACAACCUCCUACUACUCCUGUUUGAGCUCAAUGCAACAAAAGAAUCUUAUGUGACAUCGCCAUCAGAAGUACCAGUUGAGCUUGAGGUCCCUCGAGAACAAGAACUGGAAGAGGACGGGGAGGAGGAAGCAAAAGACAGAUCCCUAAGGAAGAAAACAACUAUGGUAAUUCUUCUAACAGUUGGAAGGGAACUCAUAACAAAUCCUAAUACACACGCAACUCUGGCCGGUAUCAUUUGGUCAAGCAUACACUUCAGGUGGGGAGUCAAUCUGCCAAAAAUUGUUGAACGAUCAAUAUCAAUACUUUCAGAUGGAGGACUAGGAAUGGCAAUGUUUAGCAUAGGUGUUUUCAUGGCAUCCCAAGCUAGUAUAAUAGCAUGCGGAACCAAAAAGGCAAUAUUAGCAAUGGCACUGAAGUUUGUUCUAGGACCUGUUCUCAUGGCAAUCUCAUCUAUUGCUGUUGGACUACGGGGAAAAUUCCUAAAAUUGGCUAUAGUGCAGGCAGCCCUUCCCCAAGGAAUCGUUCCUUUUGUGUUUGCUAAGGAGUAUAACAUACAUCCAACCAUCUUAAGUACAGGGGUAAUCUUUGGCAUGCUGAUUGCAAUACCAAUUACUUUGGCAUACUAUUUCCUGUUGGAAAUCUGAAACUCAGACACGGCCAUGGCUAUUUUCAGUUAUUCAUAAAUUCAUCCGAGAUACAGCUUGCUCUUCUCUAACAACAUUCAACUGUAGAGGGAUUACAAUGAAAAAAAGGCAAAAAUCUAAGCGACCAUAGUUCUUGUAUUAAAAAAAGUAUGAAUGUGUGUGAGUUUAUUUUACCAACUCAUUUAUCAUAUUAAAACAUCAGCUAGCAUGCAUGAAUAAAUCCAAACUCAGUGAUGCAGAGACUCCGAGUUCUAACAUUUCAGAGAGAAAGAAAAUGACAUGAAUGGUAUUGAUGCGUUC